AUGAUUGCUCUCCAGCAGGCGACGGCGGCACCGAAUCCACUCGCCGUCCCUGUAGACGCCCCAGAGCAUUGUCCAGGUACAGAUUCUGCCCUUGCCGGUAAAGCAGAUGCGUGCAGCGGGUGUGCCAACCAGGAGAUCUGCGCUUCAGGCGAGACCAAAGGCCCGGACCCCGCCCUCCCCCUCGUCCGCGCGCGGAUGGCGAGCGUGAAGCGGAAAAUCCUCGUCCUGUCUGGCAAGGGAGGUGUCGGAAAAUCUACGUUCGCCGCGCAGCUGGGGUGGGCCUUUGCUGCAGACGAGCAAGUCCAGACCGGCAUCAUGGAUGUCGACAUCUGCGGGCCGUCCAUCCCCACCAUCCUCGGGAUCGCCUCGGAGCAGGUGCACUCGUCCUCCUCCGGCUGGUCGCCCGUGUACGUGCAGGACAACCUCGGGGUCAUGUCCGUCGGCUUCAUGCUGCCCUCCGCCAAGGACGCGGUGAUGUGGCGCGGGCCGAAGAAGAACGGGCUCAUCUCCCAGUUCCUCAAGGACGUCGACUGGGGCGAGCUCGACUACCUCAUCAUCGACACCCCGCCCGGCACGUCCGACGAGCACCUCUCCGUCGUCCAGUACCUCAAGGAGAGCGGCAUCGACGGCGCGGUCGUCAUCACCACGCCGCAGGAGGUCGCGCUGCAGGACGUCCGGCGGGAGAUCGACUUCUGCCGCAAGGUCGGCAUCCGUGUCCUUGGGCUCGUCGAGAACAUGUCCGGCUUCCCGAGCACCGGCGGUGGGCGGCGAUUGGCCCAAGAUAUGAACGUGGAGUUCCUCGGCGCAGUGCCCCUGGACCCGCGGAUAGGGAAGAGCGCCGAUUAUGGCGUGAGCUUCCUGGACGAAUACCCCGACAGCCCCGCGAGCACGGCGUACCUAGAUAUUAUCGAGAAGAUCAAAGGCAUAUUGGGAGAUUCAUAG